UUGUAUUAUCGAGCUGUUGUCUCUGUCCACUCGCCUGGGUCUAUCUUCCCUUCCUAUCUCCUCUAUUGAGUUUUCCAGUGGUCGAUUAUAUAAUCCGCCACCGUCCCCGUCAUGGGUUUACUCCCACUCACCUACCGCCGGCCAGCCUAUGUUGAGAAGCCAGAGUCUACCAGUUACCAAGCCUCGCUCCACGAUGAUCGAGCUUCCAGCGCCUCUCUACAGCCGGACAAGUUUGACAUUUCUAGCGGGAUUCCUCCCGCACUCGGUUUUGACAAGAUCCUCGAAGGAGGAACUUGCCCACCAUGCACAAUCCGCGACUUUAUGAACUACCUCCUCUACGUCGAGCGGUCGGCAGAGAACCUCCAGUUCUUUCUUUGGUACCGGGACUAUGAGCGGCGCUUCGCCGCCGCCAAAACGGCCGACCUCUCGCUAGCCCCCGAAUGGACCCAGGCGAUGGAGGACGAGGCCAUCUUGCGCAUCAAGAAGGAGCAGGCCGGAAAGGCGCGCCAGACCCCCAAGGGGGCUGCCACCAUCUUCAAGGGCACCGACUUCGAGAAGGGCAUCGAGAGCGAGCCCACCACACCGACGGACAACUCCCGGAGCUUAGCAAGCCAGGCCUUCGCGUCGGCCGGUGUGAAGGAUCCCUUCACCAUCCAGCCCUUCCGCAAGGAACUCGACCGCGUCAUCGCGACCUACAUCAUGGACGGCGCGCCGCGGCAGCUCAACCUGUCGGAGCUGGAGCAGAAGGCCGCCCUGCAGGCCCUCGCGCGCACCACCCACCCGUCGGCGUUCGCCCUGGUCGCCCGCCAGACCGAGGCCACCCUGCGCCUGCAGGCGCAUCCCAACUUCAUCCGCUGGAGCAUCUGCAACGGCAACCCGGCGCGCGUGUGCUUCGCGUGGGGGCUGGGUGUUGGCGCGGCGCUGAUCGGGGUUGUUUUGGCCGUGGUCUUGACGCUGUCUGGUGCGGGGAGGGGGUACCGCGCCCUGGCGGCGAUUGCGUGGGUCGCUGGGUUUGCGACGUUGAUGGGUGCUUAUAAGGGCAUGUGCAUCGUGCUCCACGGGUUUCACCACCGGCACAUCCGGCCCUGGGAGCUCUUCGUCUCGGACCUGGACGACGACGAGGACGCCAUCAGCGCGGCCAAGCGCUCCUUCGACAGCUUCGGCUCGGCCAACAGCUACGAGGACGAGCCGUGGGUGGUGCGCUACCGGAGGCGCAACAUCGCCCGCAAGAUCUUUGACCGCGAGGUGUGGGUGGAAGAGCCCGCGCUGCGGCAGAUUCAGGAUGUCAUCUUUGUGCAGAGCAUCGUGUUUGGGUUUGUUUGUGCUGCCGUGCUGACGGUCGUGUUUGUGGCGGUGCCGGGGGGUGGGUUUUUUUAAGGAUUGGUGGUUUUGAUGUCGGUUUGCCAUAUAGGUACGGGAAGGAAUGUCGGUUUAGGUUUGUUACCAAGUAGUAGUAAUCUGUAAUUAGUACAUACAUAUCUUGCGUGAGAUACCUACAUUUGGUAUGCACCCAAUUAAUUGCCUCGGCCUGUCAAUAUCAAGCCCGGCUGUUCACAGGCGGUGCAGA